AUGUCGGGUGGCUCAGCUUACGACCGACACAUUACGAUCUUCUCCGAGCAGGGAAGAUUGUACCAAGUCGAAUAUGCCUUCAAGGCAAUCACAGCCGCCAACAUUAUGUCGAUAGGCGUCAGAGGCAAGGACUGCGCCGUUGUCCUGUCUCAGAAGAAGGUCCCUGAUAAACUCAUCGACCCCGCCUCCGUCUCCCAUCUCUUCCAGCUUUCUCCAUCUGUCGGAUGCGUGAUCACGGGCUCCAUCGCCGAUGCCCGCGCCUUCUCCCAGCGUGCCCAGGGCGAGGCAGCAGAGUUCCGCUACAAGUACGGCUAUGAAAUGCCCGCCGAUGCCCUGGCAAAGAGGCUGGCCAACAUCAGCCAGGUCUACACACAAAGAGCCUACAUGCGCCCGUACGGUGUUGCGACGACGCUCAUCUCUUUGGACUCUGAGUUCGGUCCUCAGCUGUUCAAGUGCGAUCCCGCCGGUUACUACAUUGGCUACAAGGGUACUGCCGCCGGACCCAAGCAGCAGGAGGCUCUCAACCACCUGGAGAAGAAGCUGCGCAACAAGGAGCACGCCCCUGGUGACUGGACGGAAGUUGUUGAGCUCGCUAUCACGACGCUCAGCACUGUCCUGAGCAUGGACUUUAAGAAGGGCGAGAUCGAAAUCGGCAUUGUUGGAGGACCUCGUGCCGACGGCAAGGAGGGCACCGAUCCCGGCUUCCGCAUCCUGACCGAAGAUGAGAUCGACGAACGGUUACAGGCGAUUGCGGAGAAGGACUGA